AUGGAUCAAGCAAAGAAAGAAGUCAUCUUGAGGGUAGCGAAAGAGAUCGUCGGGUCAAAACUCGUUGUUUUUAGCAAAUCCACAUGCGGGUUCUGCAGGGAGGCGAAAGAAAUUCUCACGGAUAUGCUGGGCAUGAAUGCAAGUGCUAUGAGAGUCGUCGAGCUUGACCUCAUCGACAACGGAAGUGACAUUCAACAAGUGUUGAGAAUGAUGACUGGGAUCGCAACGGUUCCCAACAUUUUCAUCGGUGGGAAGAGCGUGGGUGGCUGCUCGGAACUGAAAGAGCUGAAGGGGAAGGGCGUUCUCCAUCGCUUGCUGUGUGAGGCCAGUCUUCAGCCUCUCAAGCCAGGAGAUAAGAUUCCCAACGUUCAAGUACAAGUGCUUCGAUCUUCGAAGGAUGGCAAGCUAGUGGCUGAACAAGUCGAAAGCUUGAAACUGUUUGAAGGGAAAACAAGUGUUCUGUUCGGAGUUCCAGCAGCAUACUCUCCAUCGUGUUCGGAGAGACACUUGCCCAGUUACAUUCAACAUUUCGAUGAGUUGAAAUCCAAGGGAGUGGAUCAAGUGUUCUGCAUUUCGGUCAACGAUGCAUUCGUUAUGAAGGCCUGGGCCUCUAGCCAUGACAUGGACAAAAGGAUUUCCUUCAUUGCCGACGGGAAUGGAGAGUUGAUCGAAAAGAUGGGUCUAGCACAAGAUUCCAGAAAAGCAGGGAUGGGAAUGAGGUCAAGGAGGUUCGCAUGCAUUGUGAGGGAUGGUGUUGUUGAGUACAUGGCUAUCGACAAACCAAUGCAGACGGACAUUUCUUUAGCUGAUCGAAUGAUUCCUCAUCUCUCCAAGUUGUAA